UUCACACAAACAAACACGGUGUUACAAAUAGCAAGAAAGAGCAACGUGUGCGUUUUCGGUUGGAAUAACGCGUUUUAAAGUUAUUUGUUGCCAAGCUGACGAACCGUUUUCCACAUCAACGCAAAUAGGAAGUUAUAUCAAGCGCUGGUGCGUAACGCGCAGUCCAUUGAUAGAUGUAGCAGCCAACCAUCAGCAGCAGAAGCAGCACCAGCAGCAGCAACACUAGCGCUCUCCCUUUUCACUACGUUUGGAGUCGAUGCUAAUGUGGUGCGACAGCAAUAUUAAGUGUGCAAAAGUGAGCCGCUGCAAGGGCUGCUGGUGGUGUCCACAACAACAAUAUAAACAACAACAACGAAAUCGUAAACUGAUAGAUAAACAAACAAAACAAAGCUUCCAUACCCACCGAUUGAAACAGCUUGCAUUAAAUGAGCGCACCAGGCGCGUCAACAAAUUCCGCAAAUUAACAUUCACACUCAAACGACGCAGCGGCCACGUCAAGCAGAUGUCACAUUAAAGCAGAGUGCAGAGAGAAGUACGCCCCCUUUCCUCGCUAAUACGACGACCCACCGCCCACAAAUUCAGCUAUAGACACAGCCACAGCCAGGAAAAUAGUCAAGAUGCGUUCACGUAAGGUGCAGGUGAUGGUGAUAGGCUUCUUCAUCAUGUGGACAUUUAUCACCUAUUAUGUCCUACUGCGAACCAGCAACGCUCAGCUGAGCAGGAAACAUCAGCAGCAGUUGAAGCGUUUAGUACCGGAAGCGUUGGCAGAGCAAUCCAAAGGCUUGCAACUGACACGCAAUCUGAUAGAGUUCUUGAAAUACAAAUACUCGAGCAACGAGCAGCCGGGAACAACAACAACAACGCCCAGAAUAAGCAUCGUGGCAGCUGAGAUAUCUAAUGAGAUACCAGCACCGGAGUCGGCUGUCAAAGCAACUGCGGAAUCGAAAUCAACUCCAUCUCAGAUACCAACACAAACGCAUCUGGCGAAUGGUGAGCCUGUUAUUCCCAUUCUGGUGUUUGCCUGCAAUCGUGUCUCGGUGGUCAAAUGUCUGGACAAUCUGGUACAGUAUCGACCCAGCGUCGAACAGUUUCCUAUCAUUGUAUCCCAGGAUUGCGGAGACGUGCUAACCAAAGAGGCUAUUCAAACGUUUGGCAAACAGCUAACACUCAUUGAGCAACCCGAUCUAAGUGAUAUUGUUGUGCUGCCCAAGGAGAAGAAGUUCAAGGGCUACUACAAAAUAUCACGACACUAUGGCUGGGCGUUAAACACCACGUUUCAGAUUGGCUUCGAUUUUGUGGUCAUCGUGGAGGAUGAUUUAAAUGUGGCACCCGAUUUCUUUGAGUACUUCCUGGCAACACACAAGCUGCUCAAACAGGAUCCAAGUUUGUGGUGUGUUUCCGCUUGGAAUGACAAUGGCAAGGCGAAUGUGGUGGAUACGACUAGACCAGAUCUUCUAUAUCGCACCGAUUUCUUCCCUGGCCUGGGCUGGAUGCUAACGAAAGAGCUAUGGCAGGAGCUUUCUGUGAAGUGGCCCAAAUCGUUCUGGGAUGAUUGGAUUCGACAUCCGGAACAGCGCAAGGAUCGCGUGUGCAUUCGACCUGAAAUCUCACGUACUCGAACCUUUGGCAAAAUUGGCGUGUCCAAUGGAUUAUUUUUUGAUAAGUAUCUGAAACACAUUAAACUCAGCGAAGACUUUGUGCAGUUCAGCAAAAUCAAUAUGAGUUAUUUACUAAAGGACAAUUACGAUAAAGCGUUUUUAAAGCAAGUUUACGUGCUUCCGCUUGUGACCUUUGAUGAGCUGCGUCGGAAUCUCAUUGCCCUGGAGGGACCAGUGCGCAUACAGUACAACAAUCGUGAUCAGUACAAGCGAAUAACUAGAAUGCUUGGUCUCAUGGAUGACUUUAAGAGUGGCGUGCCACGCACCGCAUACCAUGGCAUUGUCUCAUUUUAUUAUAACAAACGUCGCGUGCAUUUGGCACCGAAUGCCAAUUGGAAGGGCUACGACCUAUCAUGGAGCUAACAGCACUAAACUCGCGUUGCGUUCGUUUAGAAAUUAAGCUCAGCUCAAUGCACUAUGAAACUAAUCAAAACAAUUAGUUUUAAACUGUUUGCAAUACCAAAAAAUAGGCAUAGAACAUUAUUUGUUUAUUCCGUAGCCUACAAUUAAUUGUAAAAUAACUCCGUAACCAUCUAUUUCCGUUUCUGCAUCCAGUGUUUGAGCUAUUGUAAGAAACAUAUAACGAAAGAGACUAUAGCUGUUUAGUUUGUAUAUUAUAACUGUGCAACGGGACAGCUUCAAUUGCUACCUUAUAGUCAUCCCUCCUUCCUACGAAUAACAAGCAAUAGUAUGAAUCUAGAAACAAGUUGAAGAGUAUUAGAGAAUGUGUGUAAAUAGGCACAGUUGUUGCUGGCUUUGUUGCAAACGUUCGUUUUUGUUAAAAUACUUCUGAUUCUCGUUAAUUUACUUUACUGUACAAAGGGACAAUUAGUUGUUGGCAUUUAGCAUUUAAGUUUACUCCAGAUCGAGCUCGAAGUUAUAAUAAGUCUUUGUGAUUUUGAUUUAUCUAAUUGUAAUUUGAAACGAUAGGAGGAGAGAAGAGAGAGAGAGCCAAUAACCGACCCACAAUAUGUAACAUAUAACAUAACAUAUAAUAAUAGUAUAUAGCAAUAGUUAACUUUUAAGCAAUUUGGAGGACAGACAACACUUGACCACUCAGACAACGACCACAACCUGAUCCCCAUCCUGAUACAGACUCAGUGGCUCCCACUCCAUAUAUGCAAUCCAAAAAAGUGUGCCACUGUCAGAUAGUGAUAGCUAUUAACAACCUAUGGACAACAUACACAUUUCUCCUGUAUGACCAUUUAUUUAUAUGAGCAUAUUUUUUGUGUGUGCAUUAUAAACAUAAACUUUAAAGAUAUCUUUAA